UGUAAGUCUUUUAUAAUUUAAAUUUCUUAAGGUAAAACCUUCUCCCCAUCUAAUGUAGCCUAAGAAUAGAAAGACAUAUCUAAGCUAUCGUUCAUUUGAACCAAAAUAACAUGUUCAUAGUACUACUUUUGUUUUGAAGAGUCGAAUAUUGAUUUCAACUAGUAAAUAAUAUUUCUUCAUUUACUUGGUAAUCAUGUUUCUCUUUGAUCAUUUAAAGUGUUUUAUUAGAUGUUCCUCUUCUAAAAAUAUACUUUCCAGAGCAAAAUUUAUAUAUGACAUACAAAUCUUCUGCGCUUCCAUAAAUAUGAAAUUUAGACUCCCCAAUUUCAAUUAUGAAAAAUAAAUUUCCAAGAUGCCCAGCAUUAAAUUCUUAUUGAAAGUAAUUCCAAUCCAUUAAAAUAGAGUUGUUCCAGAACUAAAACAACAAAAUCAACUUAUUUACGGGAUCCUAUCAUAAAUACAAUAAUUUACCACUAUUUUCAAUCCCACAGACAUCUCUUGAAUGCUUACGAACUUUGAGUUAAACUCCGAUUUAAUAAAUUAGUC